AUGGCAGUCGACUUUGCUGCUGAAGAGGCUGCAACUCUCAAACGCUGGCGAGAGAUCGAUGCCUUCCAGACCCAACUGCGCCUGUCCAAGGGUAACAAGCCUUACACUUUCUAUGAUGGCCCUCCAUUCGCGACCGGUCUCCCUCACUAUGGCCACUUACUGGCUUCCACUAUCAAAGAUAUCAUCCCCAGAUAUUGGUCCAUGAAGGGCUAUUAUGUGGAGCGAAGAUUUGGCUGGGACACCCACGGCUUGCCAAUCGAGUAUGAGAUUGACAAGAAGUUCAAUAUCUCAGGCCCGGCUGCUGUGAAAGAGAUGGGAAUUGCCAGAUACAAUGCUGAGUGCAAGGCUAUUGUCAUGAGGUUUGCAACCGAGUGGCGAGAGACCAUUGACCGUCUCGGCCGUUGGAUUGACUUUGACAAUGACUACAAAACCAUGAACCCGACAUUCAUGGAGUCAGUGUGGUGGGUUUUCAAGCAGUUGUUCGACCAAGGACAGGUCUACCGGAGCUACCGAGUCAUGCCAUUCUCCACCGCCUUGAGCACUCCUCUCAGUCAACAUGAGGCUCAAUCGAAUUACAAGGAAAUACAAGAUCCCGCAGUUGUCAUCGCUUUUCCCCUGGUCGACGACCCGAAGACCAGCCUCCUAGCCUGGACAACCACCCCUUGGACCCUCCCUUCAAAUAUCGGCUUGGCAGUCAAUGCCGGGUUCGAGUACAUCAAGUUCGUGGACCAGGAUUCUGGACAACAAUUUAUCAUGUUGGAGAAACUCCUCAAGACGUUAUACAAAGACCCGAAAAAGGCCAAAUUCAUCAUAUUGGAGCGUAUCAAGGGCAGCGACCUCAAGGAUAAGCAAUAUAUUCCUCCAUUCGACUACUUUUAUGAAGAAUAUAAAGACCAUGCCUUCAGGGUCUUGAAUGGGGUCUAUGUCACAGAUGACGAUGGUACUGGAGUCGUCCACCAGGCUCCUGCUUUUGGUGAAGAAGAUUUCCACGUGGCCAUGGAAGCCGGGACCAUCAGUCAUGACAGACUUCCUCCGAAUCCCGUGGAUGAUACGGGCAGAUUCACCAAGGAAGUCACUGAUUUUGCUGGUCAGUAUGUCAAGGAUGCUGACAAGCACAUCAUCAAGCACUUGAAAGCUAGCGGAAGGUUAAUUCGAGACGGCCAAGUGACCCAUCAGUAUCCAUUCUGCUGGCGUUCAGAUACUCCACUUCUCUAUCGAGCAGUGUCCGGGUGGUUUGUCAACAUUGCCGGUAACGAAAAAGUACCAAGCAUCAUCCCUCUGAUGCUGGAUGGAAUCGCCAAGUCCCACUGGGUACCCAACUUCGUCAAGGAGAAGAGAUUUGCCGAAUGGAUCAAGAAUGCUCGAGACUGGAACAUCUCACGCAAUCGAUACUGGGGCACCCCGAUCCCUCUCUGGGCAAGUGAAGACUAUUCUGAGGUCGUCGCAAUCGGGAGUAUAGACGAGUUGAAGAGACUCAGUGGCUAUGAUGGGGAGAUUACCGAUCUACACCGAGACUCUGUUGACGAUAUCACCAUUCCUAGCCAAAAAGGGAACGGUGUUCUUAGAAGGGUCGAGGAAGUCUUCGACUGCUGGUUCGAAUCUGGAAGCAUGCCUUACGCGUCUUCCCAUUACCCUUUCGAGAACAAGGAUUUCUUCGACCAGACCUUCCCUGGUGAUUUCAUCGCUGAGGGCCUUGAUCAGACUCGUGGCUGGUUCUACACCUUGGUCAUUCUCGGUAUUCACCUGAAGAAGACUUUGCCCUUCAAAAACUGUGUAGUCAAUGGUAUAGUCUUGGCUGAAGAUGGCAAGAAGAUGUCAAAAAGACUUCAGAAUUAUCCCAAUCCCACAACCGUCAUUGACAAGUAUGGAGCCGAUGCCCUGCGUCUCUACAUGAUCAAUUCUCCAGUUGUCAGAGCUGAGCCACUGAGAUUCAAGGAAACAGGCGUCAAAGAAAUUGUGGCCAAAGUGUUGUUGCCGUUGUGGAAUAGCUACAAAUUCUUCGAAGGCCAGGUUCAGCUAUUGAAGAAGGUUGAAGGAAUUGAUUACAUCUUUGAUCCCAAAGCUGAGACAACCAACACGAAUGUGAUGGACAAGUGGAUCCUAGCCAGCACGCAGUCUCUCCUCAAAUACAUCAAUGAAGAGAUGGCGGCGUACCGACUAUACACUGUCGUGCCUGGUCUUCUCAAUUUAAUUGAUGAAACGACCAACUGGUACAUUCGAUUCAACCGCAAGCGCCUGAAGGGUGAAUUGGGAGUAGAUGACACUCUCCAUGCACUUAAUGCUCUUUUCGACGUUUUGUACACUCUCGUUCGAGCACUUGCCCCAUUUACCCCUUUCAUUGCCGAUCUCAUCUACUCGAAGCUUCUUCUCCAUAUUCCCAAAUCUCUUCACGCCAAGGACGACCGAAGUGUACAUUUCCUCGCAUUCCCCGAGGUUCGAGAAGAGCUUUUUGACCCAGUUGUGGAGAGAAGAGUGGGGCGCAUGCAGAAAGUCAUUGAACUUGCUAGGCAGUCCAGAGAACGAAGAACUGUGGGCUUGAAAACACCACUGAAAACACUUGUGGUCAUCCACAAGGACCAACAGUAUCUCGACGAUGUCAAGUCCUUGGAGGGAUACAUUACAGAAGAACUCAACGUUCGAGAUCUAGUACUGUCCUCUGAUGAGGAGAAGUACAACGUACAGUACAGUGUUACUGCCGACUGGCCUGUCCUCGGGAAGAAACUCAAGAAGGAUGUACAGAAAGUCAAGAAAGCUCUUCCCGACGUGACGAGCGUCGAUUGCAAGUCUUUCCUUUCCACCAAGAAGAUAUCCGUGGCUGGUAUCGACUUGGUGGAAGGUGAUCUCGUGGUCAAGAGAGCACUCACGCAAGACGAAAAUUCUCAGCAUCAAGAAACCAAUACCGACGACGAUGUCCUGACUAUACUAGACGUAGCUAUCCACCCCGAGCUUGCACAGGAGGGUCUUGCUCGCGAGAUUAUCAAUCGUGUACAGCAGUUGCGCAAGAAGUCCGAUCUUAAACCGACAGACGAUGUAAAGAUGGAGUAUCGCGUGCAGGAGGACCCGGAGGCCAUCGGAUUAGAAAAGGUGUUCGAGUCGCAGAGUGGCUUCAUUGAGAAGGCACUCCGAAGACCGCUAGACAAGCAUAUCGUUACGGAGGUUGAAGGACCCGUGGUGAACGGCGUCAGGGAGGACAAAAUCAUCGCAGAGGAGGUACAGGAGAUCCAGAAAGCGACUUUCCUGUUGAGACUUUUGAAGAUUUGA